AUGCAAUCCAGCCGAUUCCGGGAAGGUUUCCACCGAGCACUUGCAGCAGCUGCUCGCACUGUGGCACGGAACCGGAUGGUAGUGCCCCAGCUCCCUCCCAACGUCACGGAACAGGUCAACGCCAACCGUGAUUUGCUGUCCAUGUGCAACGAUGAUCUAAAUGACAUUCGCCGUACUGAGUCAGCGCUUGCUUUCUUCAAUGGUGACUGGCAGGGAUCUACUAUGGUGCACUGGAAUGCCCAAGAGCACUUGGAUUACCUCUUCACAUCAAUCCCACCAACGCCCUUGCUUUACAGAUGGAAGCACUUCGAGGUUUCCGUGGCCUAUGCUCUCCGAGCAGCACUUUUCCACAACAGCUUGUUUCAAUCCUUGCUGCACGGUGGGGCGUCCUUCUCUGGAACGACAGGAGACGUGGAAGGGAUAGAAUCCCUUGUCACAGCUGCUAUGCUUGAUGAGGAUGAUCCCGACAACAACCCUGGACUUCGCCAGCAGAUUCGCCUUGGCAAGACACUGCAGUUCUUUCGGACCGGCCGGGCUACUGAGUUGCUGCAACGUGCAAUGGUGGUUUCCAAGCCCCUCCGCACAUUUGCAGACCGCGUGUCUUUGACAGAGGCACGACAGCUGCAGCAGGAAUACUUGGCUGCAGGCCUGCCUCGUUCUGCUACCAUUGACGCAGCAGAAGCACACGCUUCAGGAAACAACCCCGAGCGUGUGUCUAGAGAAGCUGUCAUUCAGCAAAACUUGGAGAUCUUAACUGGUCAGGCUGGUCGAGACGUGGUUUCCGAUUACACUGCAAUUUUCUUGGCCCCAGUGCAAGACCCUGUGUGGCUCCCCAACAUUGCAGGCCAACCCGCCGUUUCUUUUCCUGAGACUGCUCCAAUGCUGCUGCUGGCAAUGACCGAGAGCUGGCGUCGACUCGUCCUGCCGAUGUCAGCGCACCCCUGGACUAUGUUUUCUUUUGCGUCCCUGCAUGACCUGGCAGACGCAGUGGAUUUCCUGGAGGCCAGCGAGAAACUGCAAGAAACAUGCCCUGCCUGUUUGCACAGGCCGUUCAGUGCACAGUUGGUGCGUGCGUACAAGACCUGGGGCAGAGAUGCCGUUGCAGCUGAAAGGGUCCAAAUGGCAGUGCGAGACUUGGCGCUAGUUGUUACAGCGUCCUCGCAGUGUGUGGAGAAGUUUCAUGCUGGAGCCCAGGUAGGCCACUAUCAGAUGCACAGUCAUGGCCGCAAGCCAGCUACAGUGCAACGGAGCACGUACAUCAUGGUAGCGCGCACCUGUCAUUCACGGAUGCGAGCCAGGGUCGAACGUGCUGUUUUCGGGUGCAAUCUGCACAGAGCCCGAUGCCUCCUGAAACAUCGUGUGGUCGCCCGGUCUUCCACCGCAUCGAGUUCCUUGAAGGGAAGCUGUGAUGCAACUUCGAAGAAAACCAUAAAGUCGGUGCUGAAACGGUCUGGCCCAGGCAAGCUGGUUGCAACCAGCCCAUGGCAGGCCUUCCUUGCGUUGCGGAAUCGCAGCCGUCCAAACGGGAUUUCAACGUCGUUGCAAGACGAAUAUCAUCGGAUGAUGGGUACAGUUGCUGGAGCAGUGCAGUUGCGUACAAAGGCGCUCGACAUGGACCGGGUGAAGUUCAGGCUGGUGCGUUCUGGCUUUCAGCAAGGGCCUGGGCAAGCAGCCGCAGAAGUCCCUGGAGCAGCAAUGGGCGGAGUAGGAAUCGAAGAUCUGGACAUGGGUGACCUGCCCCGAGACGACUCAGAUGAUGUGCUCUCUAGGCAACAGCAGCUGCGGCUCGGGCAGAGGACGCUCGACACCGCGCUUGAAAGGCUGCAAAACCACCCUGCGUGGGAACACGGCCUGUCUGUUCAGGAUUCCAACACUGCUUUGGCCGCGCGGCAUGUGGUCAAGUUUGCCGACAAGGAUGCAGCCGCAGUUUGCCAAGCCAGAUUUGAUCAUGCAAAUGAGUUGGUCGCGAACCCCAAGCAGUUUCCGCGGCGCUGUCAAACAUGCAGUGAGCUGUAUGGUGGAUUGUGUGCCAGGGCACCAUUGACCAGACAAGCCCACAUCCUCGUCCAGCAGUUGCACAAUGUUUUGCAGCGGCGGCAACUAGAUGCUGCAGGGACCUUGCUGGAGCUGUCCUUUUUGCCGGUAGACUUCCAGGGUACAGCGGCAGAUGUUGCAGGAGCAGCGUCGACGCAUCAGCUGUUUUACAUGGGUUCCCUCUUCAAGAAGAAGCCUGUGCGCCACUACUUGGUCGGUUUUGUGCAGCACGCGCAGUCUUCCGAAGCCGAAAGAGUCUGGAACUUGGAGGUCAUGGGGCAGUGUGCUCGGGUAGCUACAUCCCACCAAGUAUUCAGAUCUUUGCUUGAGGCUGCGCAGGAAGAUCCCACAAAACAUUCUGAGCGCUUUUGGGUUCGCUUCUGGCAGCCGGGGGCCUAUGACUUCCGGUGCGGUGAGACUGGGAGCGAGGGUUCAGCAAGCUUGGGAAAUCAUAUUUGCGUUACGAGAACUCCUGUUUGGCGUCACUUGCUUGGUGCGGGUUUCAAAGAUGCGUCCGAGAAGCGUUGGCGGCGGCUUUCGAGAGGCCGAAAGGAGGCCAUGAGGUUUACCUCCUGA